AGCCAACUAUUUUGAUAACAUAUGACAUUUUAUGUCAAAUAGUAUAACACUGAUUAAAGAUAAAUAUAAGAGAGAAAUGUGUAGUUGAUUUGUGAAAUACUGUGUAUGUUAGGACGCAAGUCCUAAACUUUAAUUUUGAACAAUAUCAAGUUUUAAUGAUAUGUAAUAUAUUGUGAGAAAUAAACGAGUGCAAUAAUUUUGUGAACAAUAAACAUGUUCAGGUAUAUCUAAAGAAGUUAUAUUGCUAAGAGACUACUGAUCUAAAUUUAGGAACAGAAACAGUGUUAACAUGAAAAUAUACAACCUUACUGCAGCAUUAAAAUUAUUGUGAAUGCCUAUGUAUGUAUUUUUCAACAUAUGCAACAUUAUUAUUUUAAAAGAUGACUACAGUGGCCAUGGAAGAGUAUGAAUUAAUGAAAGACUCGAAAUAUCGUUUAUAUGUAGCCGCUAUUGACAAAGCGUUAAAAAAUUUCGAAUAUACAUCAGAAUGGGCUGAUCUUAUAUCAGCAUUAGGAAAAUUAAACAAGGUAUUAUUGAGCUACACAAAGUUUCCUGUUAUACCAAGACGAAUUAAAAUUAGUAAAAGGUUAGCACAAUGUAUGCAUCCAGCAUUACCAUCAGGUGUGCACCUCAAAGCAUUAGAAACUUACGACAUCAUAUUUAGGUGUAUGGGAACCAACAGAUUAGCCUGUGACCUAUUUAUAUACAGUGCAGGUCUUUUUCCACUUAUGGGACAUGCAGCUAUGAAUAUUCGACCAACGUUAUUAACAAUAUAUGAAACACAUUUUAUACCUUUGGGAGACAGAUUACGACCAGCAUUAAGUGGGUUUCUUAGUGGUGUAUUAUUAGGACUUGAUACAGGGACUGAUCACUUUGACCGGACCAAUUUACUUCUAGAAAAUGUUUGUGAAGGUGUGGAUCCACCCUAUUUUUACACAUGCAUUUGGCAAUGUGUGGCAAAUAACAGUCCUGUUCGUCUACCAGCCAUUAGUUAUGUAUUAUCCCAUUACAGUAGAAAGUUAUCAAUGGAAGAUCAGCUUUAUUUAAUGGGAAACGAUAUAGGGUUAAUGGUUUCAGGUUUAUGUGCAGCGGUUCAAGAUUCAAGUGUAUUGGUGCAAAGAUCUGCACUCGAUCUAUUGAUGGUUUGUUUUCCAAUGAACAACAAACAAUUAUUAUAUGCAGAUAUGGUCAGAUUAGUGACAGCGGCUCUAACGACAAUAUUGAGACGAGAUAUGUCUUUAAAUAGACGCUUAUAUUCGUGGAUUCUUGGAAAUGACGUAAAUAAUAUACCGGUGCUUCAAAUAGAAGGAGAAUUGGAAGAAAGUAUGCCCCACGGGCAUCACAUAUUAGCUUACGGUUUGUUAAACGACGCACUGAAAAUAAUUUUGAAAAAAUGUACUACCGAAAUACCAAUCGAUAUAAAACCAUACAGAUUACUUAUAUCGUUAUUCGACAAACCUCAGAUUGGUGCAGUAAUCUUAGACGGUAUAUUAUGUGAUGUUUUCAGGACUCUGUAUCUCUCCUGUUUGCAUCAACAAAAAAAUAAACAUACUACCGUUAGGUGUGUGUCAUUUACUGGUGAUUUGACCAGUUUAAAAAACGAUGACAAUGUGUUAAAUCAACAAUUUGUUCUAAAAAACUGCCCCGAAGUAAUAAAGAACGCAAAUCUUUUAUUUAACACACUCCAAAGACAUUACAUAUGGUCCUACAUAGAGAAACUGUUCAUAGAGGCCGCUAAAAAUAUUAAAACUUACAAAUAUAGGGAAAGAAAACAAGUUUGUGAUAUCGGUAGCGGAUCACCGCAUAUAUUAGAACUUUGCAUCUUGACAGAUUUUUUGCUUAACAUAAUUCCCAUAGAAGCUUACGCUGAAAAUACGAAUAAUAUAUUACCGAAUUUAUUUUGGAAGUUGAUAUCAACGUUAAAAUCCACUCUUAUAGAUCUGAAUCAAUACGAAAUAGAAGAGACUUUACAGCUUUGUACUAAAAUUUUAAAUAAAAUCCAACCGACCAAUUUGAAGCAAAACAAUUCCGACGCUUCUAAUCAAAGUUUCGAUUCAUCAUUUGGAGAUUCCAUAGAGAAAACUAUGGAAAAUAGCACGAUCUUUGAAGAGAAAUUAGAUAACGGAGAUCUACGAAUGUUAGAAAAAAGUAAAUCUGAUUCAAAGAUCAACGAAAAUUUAAAUUACAAAAAUGAAUUAACAGUAGGAGAAAAUAAUAAUAGGGAAAGAUCGUACAGUAACCAAAUGACUAAGAAAAAAACUAGUCCUAGAAUAGAAAAAAAGAGUAAAAACAAAAAAUCCAAAUCUACAUCCAAGCUCGAUGAGUCAAAAAACGAAGAUGAUUCCUUUAGUUCUGAAAACGCGACGCCGAUACCUGAAAAACGACCAUUAAUGGUUACAGAAAGCGUAGAAUCUACACCGAGAAUAACAGCCAUUGAAAAUCAACAGUUCAUUAAAUGCCUUGAAGAGUACAAAUCGUUUUAUGUGGAUUUCAUUAAAAUUAAACUUUUACCUGACACUGAUAUUGAUCAAAUUAUUCAAUCUCUAAAGUGCGACAAAAGUUGCAGAACUCGCUCUUUAGUAAAUUUAUUAGAUGCAUGCUUGUAUGACAGUGAUAAAACUGACUUUACACCUAUUGACAUAAAUAAUUUUAUAAAGCGCAACAAGAUUACACCACAUUUUUCAACGUUAUCAACUAGUGGGAACGCUUACGAACAGGCUAUGGGAAUAGCAUCAAAUAUACUUUUAGAAUUUUCGGCAUUUCCGAAUUUAUUAAAAAUGGAGGAAGAUCAUUUAAAAUUGCCUACUUGGGUAGAAAUUCUGAUGACGGUGGCCUGUUGCAGUGAUUCAUCAAGAGAAAACCAAUUAACUGCUAUGAAUACGCUCUUAGAAAUUUUCAGCCUGGCAACUAAUGCCGUGUAUAAUAGAAGAACGGAUGGCAGUUCUAAUAUUUUAAUUACAGGGAUAUUAGAUAUAAUACAUGUUAAAUAUAUUGAAGAAAAUACGAAUAUAAUAGAGGAAAUGUGCAAAAUUUUAUGGAAUUUACUAGGAAUAGUAAACGAUCAAAAUCAAUUAAUAUUAUGCGUAACGUUAUUGUAUCAAAUACACAACAUAUUCGAUAACGCAAUGUUUGUAGAAAACGUGAUUAACAGCUAUCUCACUCAAGAAACUAUCAACGUAGAACAUGUUAAGCGAUUCUUCAUGUUAUGGCAUUUAGGAAGAAACCUGAAUAUUAAAAUACCUCCAAAAAAAUCGAACAUGAGAAAUUUUGAUAAGUCACUAUUAAAAAUCCUGGAUAAUCUUCAAAAUAAAGAAGCGCCAAAUUUGCAGUUGCUGUCAGAAUCUUUCGUAACACACAGUUUGUUACAUAACGACAUAUCCAGAAUAAUAAAUCCUCUUCUACUCAAACUUUUAGCUUCCAACACUUCGAGAGUUUCGAUACGUCAUGUCAAUAUAACAGAUUCGGAAUCACAAAGCGAUAUAACAAAAGAAGAACAACACAUAAUGGAAAAUAUCCAAUCAAAAAAAAUUUACGCCGUUAGUAACGUUAAUGGGAACUUGAUGUAUCACGUGACGGACAGUCCCAGCUCCAAACCGUCGAAAAAGAGAUGGUUUACUUUUGCGAAAUCCGGAAAGCGUUUAUCGUCUUCUGCAAUAAACAUGACGACUAGUAUAAACGAAGAUUCAAAUGUCGUAACAAGAAAGAAUAGGGAUUUCAAAGGAGUAACUUCUUCUCCUAAAUCAGAAAAGGCUCCAAAAAAUGUGAAACUAAUCAUCAAUCCUUUGAGCUCUAAAGAAGUUUAUCCUAUAGGUUUGGAUGGCUCUUACACGAAAAAAGAUUCCAAUUCCUCGUUGGAUAGUUUAUCAUCUAGUAACGAUCUUACUCAAACAAGUAAUGAAGAUUCUUUGAGCAAGAGUUAUACACCUGACCGUAUGACGAACGGCGAAAGAGAUUCGGGAUUCGAUAGCCUCAAAAACGAAAGAGAUUAUAGAGCUAAAUUGCUAUUAGAAAGUAUUGAACCGAUUGCUGAUGGAGUUGUAGUUGAAGCUAUCAACGAUAACGUGAAUGUAGCGAAAAUGUCAAAAUCUCACAGUUUCGACGAUCAGAUCAAUAUAACGAAAACAACGGAUAUCGAAAAUACUUUGGUUCAAAGUUGGUCCUACUGCAUAUCCGAAUCCGAUAAUCUUCACGCCAAUUUCGAAUUAGAAAUAAGCAAAAGCGCCGAAGAAUUUUUUAGGAAAAAUGAAGAAAAAUCCAUUGUUACCGAUAUAAUAAACGACAUUGUUGAUAGAGUUUGUAUCGAUUGUAUGGACGAAAUAGACGCCAGACCGACUUAUUUGGAUCUCAGAUCGAAAAUGUGUCACCAAUCGUCUAAAAAUGUCGUUUUGUAUCCCAUACAUUCACAUAUUUGCCUGUACUACGACCUUUUCGAUACCAACCAGAUUACUUACGCUUUGCAAACGUUAAAAAAUUGCAUCAAUUCCAAUCAACAAUUAUUCAUAAAAUGUUUGGCGACUAGUGGCAUUAAAAACCUUAAAAGUAAUGAAAUACUGAAUCUGUUGGCGAGACACAGAAAAUCACUUUUGGGUUACGGAUUUGCCGGUGAACUCAGUAGCGAACAUGUCAAUUUUUACCGAGGCUACAUGUUUUUGGAUGUAAUAAUAUCCAUUUGCCUCAAUUAUUCGAGAACUUUUUUACCUUUUUUGGAGGAUUGCUCAACGAUAUGUGAGGAAAUUAAUUGUAAUUUGAAGAUACAAUUGGAGAGUUUGGAAAUUUUGAACAUAAUAACGAAAAAGUUAAUAACCAUGGUAGGAGAAAAUUCUAAAGGUUUUUCUAGUUACAUAGCCGAUCUAUUAAUCAAAUGCAAGAUGCAGAAGAUUCUUUUGAACUGUUUAUUAGUCUCCGUUAGAAACGUCGACGACGAAAUGACUUUCGCAGAAGAAAUUUUAGCCUACAAUAACUUCCAGCUAUUCGGCAACGACAAUAAAUUAGGGGAACACUGCGAAGCAUAUCAAAUCCAAAUUCUACGUUUAAUUAACUCGCUGAUUGUCUUAGAAUAUGAAGUUUUUCGUCCGAAUAACGGGGAAGCAACCACCACUUUAAUACCGCAGCAACAAAGUUUUCUUUCGGCUCUAAUGACAGCGCUAAGACAACAAAAUUUGAAAUAUCUUCAUGGUAAUUGGUUAUAUUUAAUAAGCUCUUGUUUACCUUAUUUCGGUAAUAACCUUAAACAAAUUUCCAUUAGCGUGAUCCAUCAAAUAUGUAAUAAUUUAGAAGAAAUAGCGGGACAAUAUAAUAAAAUCGAAUUGGAAGGAGAAAUAUGUUCCGAUUACGCCGUCACGCUAUUAGAAGCCUUGACGAUAAUUUGCCAUUAUUGUCUGUUGGAUUCGUCGCAAACGGCCAAUCAAAAUGUACCUGCCAAUACUAACGCCACAGUAUCGAACCCCGGCGAAAUAUUCAACAAUUUAUUUAACGUAUUUUUUUCGCCGUUAGGAAGCGACAUUAAUUUUUCAUCCAAACACAAUUCGGAUCAUUAUCAAAGUGCCAGAAAGACAAUUCUCAGUCACAUGCCUAGGAUAAUUUCCAGCGUCGGGAAACUUUGGCAGACGAUAGUCAAUAUAGAAAACGAAUAUAAUGGAAUUUAUGGACAUUCUAAAAUUGUAAAACAACAACUCCUAGAAUUCCUCAGUCCGAUUUCUGUGCAUCACAGUUCCAGUUUCCUAGCAGCAAUUUCAGUAACUUGGUAUGAAAGAAGGAAUCCAUUUAGUAGUGUCAAAACAGUGCUUCCCGAACCGAAUGCCAGCCAAAACAAUUUAGUUUAUUUGAUUUUGGCAAUUAGAGUUAUUCCGUUAGAUAAUUUAGUACAAACGGUAACAGCUGUGAUCAAAAACCCUCCACCGACUGAAGGUCUCAAUUCUGAAAUUUGUCUAGAUGUUUCUGUUCUUGAAUUAUUUUAUUGUUACAUGCGUAACGCAUCUUCCACACAAUUAUUUGAGGCAUGGGGUUCUCUUCUUGCACUUAUUAGAGAAGGCUGUUCUCUGUCCCCGCCCGCUCAAUUUCUACUCGCCGCCAUUUUACAUGAAAUCAUGAUUAAAUGCUGUCCGUUAGAAGAGAAGAAAGAUCAAAAAGAUUUACAAGAUGUUACUGCUAAGUUGAUAGAUUGUGUUUCGCAAGUUUGCGGUUCAUGUUUAGAACAAACUACAUGGUUGAGAAGAAAUUUUGCAGUUAAAGAACAAGAUGAAGAUUGCGGGCAAGAUUCCAAUAUUAUAAGUGGCAGUCACAGUGAUAUAUUUGUAAAUUCUAGUCACAGUGUCCAAGCACAACUGUUACUCUCAGAAAUUCUGGCACCCAUUUUGGAUAUAUGCUUCGGAUCGUCAGAAAAAGAUAAAGUUAACAAUAUACUUGUAUCAUUAAUGUGCAACAUAGUACCUUAUUUAAAAACUCACACUGUGAAAAAUAUGCCAAGUUUUAGCGCAUGUUCGAAAUUAUUAUCCAGUCUCAGUAGUUAUCAGUACACCAGGAAGGCUUGGAAAAAGGACGUUUUUGAUCUGCUACUAGAUAAUUCGCUUUUCCAGAUGGAUUACACCUGUAUGAAAUUUUGGAGAAUUAUCGUUGACAAUUUAAUGACUCACGACAACACGACUUUCAGAGAUCUGAUGAAUCGAGUUUCGAUGAACCAAAGUGGAAGCUUGAAUCUUUUUUCAUCAAGAGAACAGGAAUACGAGCAAAAAGCUCAAUUACUAAAACGUUUAGCUUAUGUUAUAUUUUGCAGUGAGAUGGAUCAAUAUGCUAAAUAUAUGCCAGACAUACAAGAACAACUCACGAGUAGUUUGAGACUAAGUGUUCCAGGAGUGCAAGCGCAAGUAUUUUUGUGUUUUAGGGUGAUAUUAUUGAGAAUGAGUCCCUUGCACGUUACUUCUCUCUGGCCGAUUGUAAUUAGUGAAAUGCUGCAGGUAUUUCUACAGAUAGAACAAGAAUUAUCGACAGAUACUGAAGAAUUUAGCUCUCAUAUAAAAUUAUUAUCUUCUCUCGAUGCAAGCUGGGCUACAAAUAGCAGCAAUGGACUUCACGCAUUAGGACAUCCACAUUGGCUGAAAUUACAAUUAGCAACAGCAAAAUUGUUGGACUUGGCGCUCCUCUUACCUGCAACAACACUUCCACAGUUUCAAAUGUACCGUUGGGCGUUUGUAGGCGACGAUUUGAACAAACAAUACAACAACCAAUUUAAUCAAGUUUCAUUUUUACCCCAUGUCAUUAGAAUAGCAGAUCUGAUGGAUAAGAAAUAUCCUGACACUCACAAGGAUUACCUUCCAAUGAAUAGGAACGAACUACUUCUAACGAUGAACAACAUAACACAACUCAAAGAUCUUCACGGUUUCUUCAAAACACUUAGUACUUGUUCGAAUAGGCACAGAACUGAUUGCAGUAAAUACGCUUCUAGCGACCACAUGUAUAAUAGUGAACGUCAACAUGAUAAACAUCUGGAAUCUGUUUUAGAAAAAAUUGACAAAGUUAUAGAAACGGAUUUCUUGGAUAGGAUUCCUAGGAGAAAAAUAAUUCAUAGGGAAAGCAACAAAACCAACAAAUAGAAAACUUUUUGAAAGUGAAGCGAAAUUCUUCGUAAUUUGAUCUUGUCUUGACUUUUCCUUUCUUAAAUAGGAAUCUGUCCAGUCUGGCAAAUUAUUAGUUUGUUAUAGAUAUGGACUAUGGUGAAGAUAUGAGACAAGAAAAUUUGCAAAUAUGUUCUUAGUUUGCUAUUUUGGUUUCUUUCUACUGAUAAUCAAGAUCUAGAAUAAUAUAUUCGUAUUGUGGAAAAUGACAAUGAAGCAUAGGUAAAUAUACAACUAUCUCCUGUCUCUCAUUGUAAAUGAAAUACUUGACAAUCUGUAUUAAAAUAACUACUAAAUUCUUACAAAUAUGUUAAGGGAGCAUGGGGAUCCUUCGGUUUUGUAAAAUAAGGUUUAGUGACAAUGUUAAGAUAUUUUUAUAGCACAGCAAGAAGUUACAUUUUUAUAUAAAAAAAUGUUUUUCAGAUCUCGGAACGGUUUGCAAAUUUAUAAUCAGCAUUUUUAAGACUUUCAACACUAAUUGUUCACUAUUUUUAUUGAUGUUGUAAAGUUUUUACAUUGUUUGAUUUAACCUUCUUUCUAUUUCGGUACUUUUGUCGAAAAUACUUGGGUUAAGAUAUCAAAAACUUAUAUAAUUGUACUAGUUAUUUGCAAACUGUGAUAUAAAUUUGUUGCUUCUAAAUUGACAUUAAUUGAUUUUUUAAUUCAUCACAACUCUUUAUUGGCGUUUGAAUAAGUGUCUUUUAUACACCUCGCCCUAAUCUUAAAAAUCAGUAUUAAAUAUAGUGCAUUUUUAAUUUUGUAGGUUAUACGAAUAUGUUAUAUUUUAUUUAAAAAUGAUUUGACAGUUUUCUUGUUGUCUUCAUGUCUACUUUCCAACUGCUUAAUUUGGUUAUAAAGUACUUCACCUAGUAAGCUCGGAAAGACGGCUUCAACUGCCAAGAAUUUUCGAUGUUAUCGAAAAUAACAAGUUUGCCUUAUCGGCCUAUACCACGUCGUGAAUCAUUUCAAUUGCUUAAGGUGCGUCGCUAUCAACUGGGCGUCCAGAACGUUCGGCGUCUUCCACUUUUUAACAUUGAAAUUGAUGAUGUAGAGCUCCCGUAGCUCUAGUAUUUAUGAAACAUCUUUACUUUGAGUUAUGGUCUUUUUUCAGUAUACUUAUGAAUUUUUUUCAAUUCUCUACUUUACAAAAUGGUACUAAUUGGCAUCACUGUCUAACUUUGACCCUGAUCAUAUUUUUUAUCCACAGUUCUAGUGUCAUUCCGGUUAUAAUUAUUGGCAAAAGUUUGUCCUUCUAAAAACUUUCCCUAUUUCGAAUUAACACGUUAAAUGCAAAGGAAAUAUUCACAAUUUUAUUUAAUCAUUUAUUAUUAUUAAGUUCUAGAAAAUGAAGGCUAUGUUUCAAAGUUUUAUUCCUUAGUUAAAUUAUCCAAAACAAAUCUCCUCGGGAAGGUUAAUUUUGUAGUUGGCAGUCAAAAUGUUAAUUAUGGGAUCUUUGUGUUACAAAUAAUCCAAAACGGUUGCAUAGUUUUUGUAAGAAUAAAAUAUAUAGACUCGUGAAUAUUGUGUAAAUGUAAAACAAGAAAACUGUCUCAUCCAAUUUUUGAUAUACUUAUAUAUUUUAUCGAUUUGUGUUUUUUGUUGGAAUAAAUUUUAACAUUUAAAAAUUAAUUUAUUCACCCGUACUUUUACUGUAUUCACCUAAGUUUAAGAUUGUGAUUUUAAAUUGUGAUUUAAUAACUAAAUGAUGGCAAAUAGCCUUAUUGUUGUAUUAUUGUGUAUCCUUGCAUUUUGCUACAAUAAACUAUGUUGAGAAAAA